GGAAGUUCGCGUGUGAUUCUUACGUAUCAUAGAUAAAGAGAAAAUGAUCAAGAGUGUCCUUUAGUUAAUCACUUCAACCCAAUUCUAACCGAAAAAUAAAUAAAUAAACGCAUAAAAAACAGAAGAGCCGCAAACAAGAAUACGAAUAUAUCCUACACCACCUUAUACGAAGGAAACAUUUCUCGUCAUUUUCGGAUUGUUUGAGAAGUAGGCGAAUGCAACUUUAAAUUUUACAUUUGUCAUUCGCUCCUAGAAGACAUCUAGGCAACUAUACAUAUAUCUAGGCGAUAGUUAUGACAUUCUUAAAUGAUACCACCAUCAGCAAUAUGUAAUAGGGGCCUAUCCAGACAGAAUUUAAAUUGUUAAAAUUCCUGCGGUAAAAGGUGUGUGGCCAACCGAAGACAACAAAUUGGUCUCUAUUUUGUUAUGUAAUGAUAGCACGCGGGUCAGAUGGUGACGAAAUCAAGAAAAUCAACCUUUAGUCUCUUUAAAAAAAUGCUCACGUGGCCUCAGACGGGAAAUCUGGAAUUACUCUGGUUUAAAGUAGUCUUCAUAUAGCCUGCAAAACAUGGCCACGGGGCCCUCGGGCCUGACCAUUCACGCUCUGCGGGUGGGGCCCGGCCAGGAGCUCCUCGGCGCUCUGACCUCCUUCGUGGAGGAGAGGAAGCUGAGGGCGCCCUUCGUCAUGACCUGCGUGGGCAGCGUCACCAAGGCGACGCUCCGGCUGGCUAACUCAACAGCUGGGAACAAUGAGGUGAUUCAUCUUCAGGAGCGGUUCGAAAUCGUCUCCUUGGUGGGCACCCUGAACAGAGAGGCCCACCUGCACAUCUGCCUGGCGGACAAAGACGGGCGCACCGUCGGGGGGCACGUGAUGGGCGACCUGGAGGUGUUCACCACCGCCGAAGUGGUCGUCGGCGAGGCCGGCGAUCUGGAGUUCGGCCGAGAGAUGGACGACCGCACCGGCUUUCCAGAGCUGGUCGUUAACUCGCGCUCUAAACACGCUUAAACACCCAAUCUCGCAUACAUCCCCCCCCCCCCCGCCCGCCCUCCCUCCGCCCUCCCUCCGCCCCUCUCUUGUGUGGAAUAAGCGCUGUGAAUAAAUUGGGCGAGUGCAUGCCCGCUCAGCUUAUUGCUUCUCUCCAGCGAUUCGGGCUCUUUUGAUCGAGCUGGUUCCCAAUCAAUUCUUCUGAGGCCGAGAGACGAGAGGUGAAAUAAUUUACGGGGAAACUCUUCAAAUGACUUGUCAUUAAUUCGCCCCUUCUUUGGCACUUGUUUGUGCAGAAUGAGAUGCGUUUGGCUUGCUCUGUCUAUUAGCGGCACUGCGCUCCAGAGAUUUUAACGGGCUGCUAGGCAUAACAAAUGAGGUGUGUGUGUGUGUGUGUGUGUGUGUCUGUAUGCGUGUGUGUGCGUGUGUCUGUGUGUGCGUGCGAGUGUGUGUGUCUGCAUGCGUGCGUGUGCGUGUGUGAGUGUGUGUGUCUGCAUGCGUGCGUGUGUGUGUGUAUGUGCGUGUGUGAGUGUGUGUGUGUGUGUCUGCAUGCAUGCGUGUGUGUGAAUGUGUGUGUGUGUGUCUGUGUGUGUGUGAAUGUGUGUGUGUGCAUGCGUGUGUGUGUGUAUGUGCGUGUGUGAGUGUGUGUGUGUGUGUGAAUGUGUGUGUGUGUGCCUGUGUGUGUGUGCGCGCGUGUGUGUGUGCAUGCGUGUGUGUGUGUGUGUAUGUGCGUGUGUGAGAGUGUGUGUCUGCAUGCGUGCCUGUGUGUGUGUAUGUGCGUGUGUGAGUGUGUGUGUCUGCAUGCGUGCGUGUGUGUGUGUAUGUGCGUGUGUGAGUGUGUGUGUGUGUGUGUGAAUGUGUGUGUGUGUGCCUGUGUGUGUGUGCGCGCGUGUGUGUGUGUGUCUUCGUGCGUGUGUGUGUGUGUGUGUGCCUGUGUGUGUGUGCCUGUGUGUGUGUGUGUGCAUGCGUGUGUGUAUGGGUGUACGCGGGCACACUGCUCGCCUGUCCUCACAGAGUCACUCAUUAGCGCUAAUUUGAGGAAGUGCUGGAAGCCGCGCGCGACAGAGGUUGUCACACGGCCGUGACACGCCAGUGAAGAGGGAGGCGGUGAAGGCCGCAUUGACUGCCCGGGCCCGGCUUUGACCCUGGCACAGGGCCCGCGACCGCCUCCCACACUGAGUGCUCCCUUUGUCGAGAGACAGCCAUCGGCAGUCAGCGGUCUCCAGAAAUACGACCGGGACAAGCCAGCGGAGAGGGCUACGGACAGACACGCGGCUGUCUGAGACACUCAGGAAGUCAACAGCUGACGGAAGGGCUGGAACAAAGGGCCUCGGUGUGUGUGUGCGCGCGCGUGUGUGUGUAUGUGUGAGAGAGAGUUUGUGUGUGCGUGUGUGUGUGUGUGUGUGUGAUUGUGUGUGUGUGUUUCUGAGUGUGCCUGCAUGUGUAUGUGUGUGUGUGUGUGUGUGUGUGUGUGUGUUAGUGAGUGUGCGUGCGUGUGUGUGUGUGUGUCUGUGUGUGUGUGUUGGUGUCUGUGUGUGCAUGUGUGUGUGGGUGGGUGUGUGCGUGUGCAUAUGUGUGUCUUUGUGUGCGUGUGUGUGUAUGUGUGUGCAUGCAUGUGUGUGUGUGUGUGUGCAUGUGUGUGUCUGUGUGUGUGUGUGUAACACCCCAAAUUGGUUUGACCUUCUGUUCUUUAAAAUCUUGAUAUUGCCAGUCCAGUGAAUUUCCCCUCUUCAAAUAAAUGUGAUAGGCUGUAUUUAAGCCACCAGUUUCAAUAACCUGACAUUCCUACCAAAAGUGUUAACAUUGCCUCAAGAUGAAUAAACUGCAGAGACUACAGACACAAUGUAAGACAUUUUUUCAUCCACUGUCUGAAGAGCUCCAAUAAGAAAGAGUCAUGUUCUAAUUAAACCUUAUGCAUUUUAUUUA